AUGACUGGCGACAGGGACUACGGAUUCAACCCCAAGCGAAGGAGACUAGACUCAUCACGACCUCCAAACAGGUUCCAUAAUGAUUCCCGCGGGUCAAGACCUCGCGCGCGGUCGAGCCACGUCCCGACGCCGACGCCGACGAGGGAGCAGGAGCACCACGAGUACCAUGAGCCGGCUGAGCAAGACAUGCUGGCCCUGGACAGGGACUGGUACGGAGGCGAUGAGCUAGGAGGACAUGCCUUUGGAGACGAUACCCACAAUCCCUUCGCGUCGUACGAGAUGUCGGCGUGGGAGGCUCAGCAACAAGAGUCGUCAAAGGCGGAGAAGAUGGCGAGCCGGUACGAUGCCAGGCAAGAGCAGCGCCGGAGGGAGAAUGACGCGUGGGAAACGAAUCGGAUGCUGGUCUCGGGCGUGGCCCAGCGAAGGGACAUGGCGUCGGACUUUGACGACGACGAGGCAACGCGAGUGCACCUGCUGGUUCACGAUCUCCGGCCCCCUUUUCUGGACGGGCGGACAAUCUUCACCAAGCAGCUCGAGCCGGUCCCGGCGGUCAGAGACUAUCAGAGCGACAUGGCCGUGUUCAGCAGAAAGGGCAGCAAGGUGGUGAGAGAGGCUCGCCAGCAAAGUGAGCGCCAGAAGCAAGCCCAGGAGGCCACCAGCAUGGCCGGGACGACGCUGGGCAACAUCAUGGGCGCCAAGGACAACGACGAGGACAGCGCUCUACCCGGCCCCGGGGACAGGGAAGCCGAAAAGACCGUGUCCAAGGGCAACAAGUUCAGCGCGCACCUGAACAAGUCGCAGGGCGCCAGCGACUUCAGCAGGAGCAAGACCCUUCGCGAGCAGCGAGAGUACCUGCCCGCCUUUGCGGUGCGCGAAGAGCUGCUCAGAGUCAUCCGGGAGAACCAGGUCACCAUUGUCAUUGGGGAAACCGGCUCCGGCAAGACGACGCAGCUGACGCAGUUCCUCCACGAGGACGGCUACGGACGCGUGGGCAUGAUUGGCUGCACGCAGCCGCGGCGCGUUGCGGCCAUGAGCGUCGCCAAGCGGGUGGCCGAGGAGAUGGAGGUGGAGCUAGGCACCGUGUGCGGCUACGCCAUCCGGUUCGAAGACCACACCAGCAAGGACACGGUGAUAAAGUACCUGACCGAGGGGAUCCUGCUCCGAGAAUCGCUCAACGAGCCGGACCUGGACCGGUACUCGUGCAUCAUCAUGGACGAGGCGCACGAGCGGGCGCUCAACACGGAUAUCCUGCUGGGCCUGUUCAAGAAGAUCCUGCAGCGGCGACGGGACCUCAAGCUCAUCGUCACCUCUGCGACCAUGAACGCGAAGCGCUUCUCCGACUUUUUCGGGGGCGCGCCCGAGUUCACCAUCCCCGGGAGGACGUUCCCGGUCGACGUCAUGUUCCACCGGUCCCCCGUCGAAGACUACGUGGACCAGGCGGUGCAGCAAGUCCUGGCCAUCCACGUCUCCAUGGAUGCGGGCGACGUGCUCGUCUUCAUGACGGGGCAGGAGGACAUUGAAAUCACGUGCGAGCUGGUGCGGAAACGGCUGGACGCGCUCAACGACGCGCCCGAGCUGAGCAUCCUGCCCAUCUACAGCCAGAUGCCGGCCGACCUGCAGGCCAAGAUUUUCGACCGAGCGCCGCCGGGCGUCCGAAAAUGCAUCGUGGCGACAAACAUUGCCGAGACGAGCCUCACGGUCGACGGCAUCAAGUACGUGGUCGACGCCGGGUACUCCAAGAUGAAGGUGUACAACCCCAAGAUGGGCAUGGACACCCUCCAGGUCACCCCCAUCUCGCAGGCCAACGCGUCCCAGCGCUCGGGCCGGGCGGGCCGAACCGGCCCCGGCAAGGCGUUCCGGCUGUACACGGAGAAGGCGUUCAGGGAGGAAAUGUACCUGCAGACGAUCCCCGAGGUGCAGCGGACGAACCUCUCCAACACGGUGCUGAUGCUAAAGUCGCUCGGGGUCAAGGACCUGCUCGACUUCGACUUCAUGGACCCGCCCCCGCAGGACACCAUCUCGACGUCCAUGUUCGACCUGUGGGCGCUGGGCGCGCUGGACAACCUCGGGGAGCUGACGGAGCUGGGGCGCAAGAUGAGCGCCUUCCCCAUGGACCCCUCGCUGGCCAAGCUGCUCAUCACGGCCGAGCAGUACGGGUGCAGCGAGGAGAUGGUGACGAUUGUGUCGAUGCUCUCGGUGCCCAACGUCUUUUACCGGCCCAAGGAGCGGCAGGACGAGGCGGACGCGCAGCGCGAGAAGUUCUGGGUCCACGAGUCGGACCACCUCACCUACCUGCAGGUGUACCAGGCCUGGAAGGCCCACGGCUUCUCGGACGGCUGGUGCAUCAAGCACUUCCUGCACGCCAAGUCGCUCCGGCGCGCCAAGGAGGUCCGCGAGCAAAUCGUCGACAUUGUCAGGGCCCAGGGCAUGGACAUGAGCAGCUGCGGCAUGGACUGGGACGUGAUCCGCAGGUGCGUCUGCUCGGGCUACUACCACCAGGCGGCCAGGUACAAGGGGUCCGGCGAGUACAUCAACGUCCGGACCAACCUGGGCGUGCAGCUGCACCCGACCAGCGCGCUCUACGCGGGCCACCCGCCCGACUACGUCGUCUACCACGAGCUCAUCCUCACGUCCAAGGUCUACGUGUCCACCGUCACGGCCGUGGACCCGCGCUGGCUGGCCGACCUGGGCGGCGUCUUCUACUCCAUCAAGGAAAAGGGGUACUCGAUGCGCCACAAGCGCGUCACCGAGACGGAGCUGAAUCGCAGGAUGGAGAUUGAGGCCAAGAUGGCAGAGGACAAGCGCCGGGACGAGGAGCGCAAGCAGGCGGAGCAGGAGCGGGUCGCCAAGAAGAAGGCGCCGGCGGAUGGGAAGCGGCUUGUCGUCACCCAGGGCGCGGUGAAGAAGCCUGUUGUGAGGAGGCGAGCAAGAGGUGGUUUCUGA